GCAAAGAGGCACCCAACCCCUUGUAAACUACUCCACUUUCGCUUGAAGCAUGGUUUCACACAUUGGCAUUCUUUCCCCUCCGGAAAACGUUCCCCCCAAGAUCUCAAUGCUGAGGAAAUGCUCCCUAGCGACAUGGAUGAGGAAGAUGCAGAAACAAAUCGUAUUGUUUUUGCAGUUAGAAGACUCGCAUUGGAAGCAAGGCACCGGCACAAAGAUAGCUCUCUCUGUGAAGGCCUCAAAUGGGUAAUCUCGCCUGUCACCGGAGAGUUAACCAUCGCUCCUGUGGAAGAAGAAGCGAAGCCUCUACUCGCCUAUUUGCACAGCAAAUUUGGGUUCAACAUAUCACUACAAGUCAAAGAAAAUCAAGAGAGAGAAGGACAUGAAGAAGAAGAAGAAGAGGAAGAAGAAGAAGAAGUGUGGUUCUCAGUGAGGAGUGAUUUAUCGUGUUGUUCGAGCCCGGUAGAGAGAAAAGAAAUUUUUCUAGACUGUGCAUGGAGGUCUCUGUUGGAGAAGUUGAGUUUCUGUGAGGGAUGGCCUUUUGGUCUGUAUCGUAGGAAGAUGAUGCUUCCUCCUUUGCCUAGAUGCCCCUCAGAACCAUGGAUGUGGCGCAAGGCCACGUCUAAUACUUGUUAGCCCUAUGAUGUCAAUGUUCUUGCUCAAUGUGUGUUGUAUUGGCAUUUAUGCAGAAAGAUAUAUAAUAAUAGAUUAAUAAUAAUAAUUGUCUUUGUUGACGUGA